AUGGAAAGGAAUUUGGCGAUUUGCAUUUCCCGAGCCCCAUGGAUGCGUCAGCAAACACACCACAGCCAACCCAGCACCCCUCCGUACUCCUGGACAUUAAAGGUGAGCGGGGGAAGAAAGGAGGAGGAAAAGACGGCGCUUCAACGACCUAUGAAACUCUAUGCAAACAGCCAAGGGGAAGAGUUGAGAUUGGAGGUGAAGGGCGAUCAGCCUUAG